AUGCGGGAGUGGGGGGCGCUGCUCCCACAGCUAAGUUCCAAUCUCAGGGUCCACGCGCCGCCGGCUGCGCUCAACGAUCCGAUUCACUCCAGGGGGUUACAGCAGCGUCCGGAAAGGAAAGCACCGAGGGAGGGUGUGGUUUGGGGAUGGAUAGGCGCAGGCCGAGGAACGCUUGGUCUUGGUUCCUCUAUUGCCCUAGAAGCUGCGGAACAGGAAACUUUGAGAAACCCGCUGAAACGAAAUCGCAUUUUCCCUCACCCCGGCUCGGGAGGGACUCCGGGCCCCGGUGCAACGACCUCCAGCCUCGCACCGACCUCCACAUCUGUACCCAGGUUCAGGCGGCGGCCUUCACCUCCUCUGGGUCGCGAAGCCAGAGAGGCCCAGGCCACCCGGGCCCCGAGGUGGCCCUGGGGAGGCACGGCCCCACCUCAGUUGGGGACCCAGCUAGUGUCCUCGCUUAUGGACUCUCUCUUCUCACUCACGCCCUCUCCAAUUUGCUCGGCCUCAGCUGGUCGCCACCCACUGGGGUCAAGGUUCUCUGCGCCCCUGGGAUGCCUACGGCUGAGGGAAGGGACGGAGGAGGGGCUGGAGGCAGUUGGAAUCCGUGUUCCCAGGUUGGUUUCGGCCAAGAACGGUUGUCCGGCUCCCACCGGGUUCAGGUUCCGCGCACUCUGGUCUCCCCGCAGGACACUUGGGUCUGUGUCGCCGCCCGCCGUUCCCGGGAGCCGCGGUGAUGGACAUCGGCUGACCCGCGGGGCAGAGGCAGGGCGCAGAGGCCUUGAUCACUGGCCUGCGGAGGGAGCUGCGCGGCAAGCGGGACCUGCACAGCCAGGCCCUUUGAUCUGCUUUUAUUAUGAAGGAGAAACAAAGCUUACUGGACCCGACACCCGGGCGCCCUCAUUCCUCGGGAACCCUCACCACGUCCUCACCUCCACGCCGCCCGCCCACGGCCCCAAAACCUACCCGGCACACUCUGGGCCUGCAGCGCUUCUGUCCAAAGCACCUCUCUGCCAGCUUCUCCCCAAGACCAGAUAUGAACCCCGAAGGAGCAUGAGGGGCGAAGAGUCGCAGUUAGAAACGGCUUGAGCGGUGAAAGAAAAUGGCCAAAGUGAAGAAAAACUAUAAAAUAGAGUUUUCCCCGUGGAAGAGCAGGGCUGCCGAAGCCGGGGGUGGGGGUUGGGGGAAGCGAGCAAAAGAAGCAAAGGGAAGAAGCCACUGAACCUCACAUUGCAAACGCCCCGCUGGGGACCUUCGUUCUGUUCAAUCGCUACUUCACUACUUGGCUUUUCAGAGCGGAGUUCUGAUGACUGUUAAUAACAAUAAUUAAUUUUUUUCUUUUCUAAGAAUUAAAAUCUUCAAGUUUCCAAGGACAGUAAUCGAAAAAGAAAAAAAAAAAAUCUGUUGGUGAUGACUUCUCUUGUAUUUCCUAUUGUGUAGGAAGCCUUUUAGAAAUAUUUUUAUUCUGCAAAUAUGUACUUUAUUUUCCAAAUUAAAAUUUUUUUUUUUUCGAAUUGCAAAAAUUGUCUCAUUUACCAAUUUUCUUUUCGACUCUCCCUCCCUUCUCCCUCUUUUUAAACUGGUGCUGUUAAGUUGGUGGUCAGAAGACAAAGAGAGUGAAAAUAAUUUUCAUUUCAAUAAUUGCCUUCUGGUCAAUUUAACUGUGCCUUAUUUUGAAAGAGACUGUCUAAAUGAGAUUCCUGUCCCAAAUGUGUUCCCAGGCCUGAUCCCAGCCUUUAAUUAUUCCUGAGUUUUUUUCUUCAGAAUAAGACGCCGCACUGAGUAAUCACAAAGAAGUCAGAGAGCAUCCUUGAACCUUUUCAGAAGCAGCGCCACUGAUAUUCAAAUAACCUGCGAGGGCCAUUUGACGGCUCGGGGACCUAGGCAUUUCCAAUUCACUAUUUGCAUAGAUCAGCCUUCUUUGAAAAGGAAAGGAGCAGUUGUCUUCCAUAACAUUAAAAAGCCUAGUUAUCAAAUCAAGUGCUUAGUUUGGGGGCUUUUAAAACGUUUACAUUUUAUCUCAGGUUGCCCUUUACUGUUUGACAUGCAAAUUUGGUGCAGUUAAUUUAGACAAUUAAAAAGAUCUUCAAGGGAGCUUUGUCACAGAGAAUAUUUGGAGUUUUCCCCGUGGACCAGCUGAGAUAAAGUUGGACAGAACAAAUGAUGUCUAGGAGAUUAAUUAGAUAUUUGAUAAGACAUGAAUCCCUAAUAAGGGAAUACAAGGCACAGGGGGCUGCUGUGUGCUCUAAGUCAAAAUUAAUAACAUUUAACAAGAUUUUCAUUUAGGCAUGAAAUGUCUUUUCCGGGGUAUUGACUCUAGCGAUUUAUUCCCCUGAGAUACCUCCCAACCUAGAGGGUCUUAAGAGCUAAAAGACUUCUCUCUAAAAAGCUUUUUCCUUUCACAGAUUGUUUUCAAAUUACUUUCAAAAAACAAACAAAUCCACCAAAGUUUUCUCUGACCCCUAUGGGAAGUUAGGUGUCUCCCCAGUUAGACUUGCCAAGGAACUCUGCUGUUUUUAGGUGAUGCAGAUACUUAAAAUGUCACUUUUCCAGAGCCCACCCAUUAAGUAAUACAACUGCACGUUCUUAUAACCCAAUUUAAUUUAUGCUGUUGAUAUACAAAUAAAUAAUUUUGACUUCUCAAAAAUGUAUAUGUAUUAUGGCUUUUAUAACCCACAUAAACUUUACAUUACCUACAACUAACAUUAAUGGAAUUGUUUCCCAACAAAAAAAGUCAACCACAUAAAGGUUAUUAAGGGGGAAACAGGAUUUAAAAUAAAAAAAGGAAGUGUAUUGUUCAGAGUCCUUUAAUAAUACCAAAAUGAAAAUAUGUCAAGAUUUUCUUCAUACAGAUAAACGCAUUUAAUUUCUUUAGAUGACCUUAACUUACGUGUUUGAGUGAAAUGAUAACUCAACAUUUUAAAUAUCUUUUUACAUAUAUACUGACUUUCACAAAGUGCAUCAGAAAAUUAAAAAAAAAAAACUCCCUGAAUUUCAGGAAUUCACCAAAAAGAAAAAAAAAAACUCUAUUCGAAUGAACAUUUACAAGAAAAUAAAAGCGAACACAAUCUUUUGAACCCUAUUUAUACAGAUGUUAUGAAAUACAGAGAAACUGUCGCUAGACUUCCAGUUUAAUUUCUCACCUUAGGC